AUGGUAGAGUUUGCCAUUAACAACUCGGUGCAUGCGUCCACGACACAUACACCGUUUUACGUGAAUGGCUUACGCCAUCCGCGUGUACCCACCUUACUCGAGUGUGACUCUGGUUUAAGGGGGGGAAGGAAUCGCGCGAGCAAAAACCGAUUUGGUUCACACUCAUCACGCUCUGACGAAGAAGUCAUUGCGUUUGAUGCCGAUAUCGAUAACAUCGAUAUCGAAGAAGAUGAUGCCAGUGAGAGUGCGGAAGCCCUCACUGAAGAAGAUGAUCCCAGUGAGAGUGCGAAAGCCCUCACUGAAGAAAAGGUUGAUGUUGCUGCAGUGCGCUCACAGCGCACUGAAGCUAACGAGCCAGCAGAUGAGUUCAUACUGGCUCGUGAAACGGUAGUCCGUUUUGUGCAAGACUCCAUCGCCGAAGCGGUGACUUAG